ACUUCGGGCGUUGUACAUGGCAUCUCAUUAACAAAAGAGGCAAUAUCAUUACCUUUAUCUCACAUUCCGCCGUAAUUAUUUUUCAAAGGAAAAUAAUCGACUUGAAAAGGGAAGUUUAGCAGUUGCGGAUUGUGUGUUUGGUCAGCGUUGUUUUGCGCGCGCAGGCUCUCCGAGCACCGAGUCCGCCGCGAAGAAGCAGCUCGCCGCCUUUGUUCAUUCAUUCCAGCCGCUGGGAGUCUUUGUUGGGGGAGUGAAAGAGGGAAAGCAAUGGGAGCCCAAGUCGCCAAAAACGGGGCAAAAGACGAAACUGCUGCCGAAAACGCCCCCGAAGCCGGAGCGAAAGCAAACGGGCAGGAAAAUGGCCAUGCUAAAACCAACGGCAAUGCCUCGCCUACAGCAGAUGCAGCCGGCGAGGAGGUCCAGGCCAAUGGCAAGCACUCGGCAGACGAGGAGGCCAAGGCCGAAGAUGGGGCGGCCGAAGGCGAAGCUGCGAGCGCCCCUGUAGCCAACGGAGAAGAAUCAGCCAAGUCGGAGGAGAACGGCUCCGCAUCAGGUAGCGAACCCGCCAAACAGAAGAAGCGCUUCUCCUUCAAGAAGCCCUUCAAGCUCAGCGGCUUCUCCUUCAAGAAGAACGCCAAGAAGGAGGCCGAGGGUGGCGAAGGUGAGGCCGCAGCGCCAGCCGAAGAAGGCAAAGAGAAGGCCGAGGCAGAAGAGGCAAAGCCCGAAGCUGCUGCUGCUUCUGCCGAAGAAGGAGAGAAGGAGGCCGCGGAGGCCCCGGAGCCGAAAGCCGAAGAGCCGAGCGCAGGUGAGGAGAAGAAAGCGUCCGAGGAGGUAGCGGAGGAGAAGCCUGCUGAGGCCGCGGCUGAAGAACCCACGCCUGCUGAGAGCUCGGAUGCCCAGCCUGCUGCUGCGGAUGCUGCUGCAGAGUAAACGAGGUCCGUUGAUGGGGAGGCGACAAGCCUCUUUUUAAUGAAGUAAUAAGGAGCACAACCACGGAGGAUUUGUACAAAACCAAUGACCUUUCAAAGCUGUCUUAUUACCUGUAGUCAUUUCAUCCACUCCUACUCCAUCCAGUAUGCUGCCGUGGUGCUCCCGAAGGAAGGGUUGGAUGCUUUGAUUGGAGAACGAAGAGCACCAUACUUCAGUUCCUCCAUAAGUGUUUGUUACAGUAUUGCGUAUGGAUGUGUGCAUAAGUGUGAUGCAGUAUUUUUUUUGUUUUAUGUUUUUUCAUACAUGUUAAACCAUUUUAGUGUCAUAUGAAAAAUUGAAAUGUUAGAUGAAGAAAAUGAUGCCAUACCAUUAGGUUCUGCCAGUGUUUUGCUAGGAAAAGGGAGCUACUGUGAAGGAAAUAUGGCAUUGUGGGUUGAUUCACAGAUCAGAUUAUUGUUCGUCUUAUGUCUGUCAUCACGUGAGUCACUGAAAGGGGUGCUCUGAAUUUAACCAGCUGCACCAAAUCCAGCAGCACUGUGUGGUUGUGUAGGCUUUGUCAUGUUGUCUUUUAUUAUUUUUUUUUAACUUUUUCAGUGCUAUAGAUGAAGUUCGACUCCCCCCCCCCUCCUCUUCCUCCUCCAAACCUUCUUCCUUUCUAACAGAAUGGUGAAAUGUAGAUUGAAAAAUUUUUGACCUGUGAUGACUAAUACUGUCUUUUCUUUCUUACCGUGCUGUGCAAGUAUGUGAAAUUGCCAGUGCAAUCAAAUAGAAUAUGGUUUUCUGUAAAUACAAGGUCUGUCACUACUUGAUUUUUAAAUGGAAUGUAACUUUGCAUACAGAAUUAUGGAUUCAACUCAAUUUCAAGGGGCACAGAAAGCAAAAAUAAAGGAUUUA